AUGAGCAUCCGGGCCCCACUCACACUCCUGCGGCUGGCAGGAAGGAGCCUGCUGAGGGACCCGGCCUCAGCCAUCGCAGCUCCGGAGUACCUGCCCGCAGAGCUCUUCCCGCAGUUCUUCAUUCAGGUCUUCAAAGCCGUGUUGGAUGGGCUGGACGUUCUGCUUGCCCAGGAGGUUCGGCCCAGGAGGCGGAAACUGCGGGUGCUGGAUUUAAGGAACACGGGAGCCAACUUCUGGAGAAUGUGGUGUGAAGACAGCACCCAGAAGUGCUCACAGACAGGACCAGUGGCUGUGCACAGCUCCAGCCCCGACAUGCAGCACCCCUUGGCUCCCUUGGAGGUGUUCCUAGACCUUAAAUUCAACGAAAGGGACGGGGAUGAGUUUCUCAAGUACAUCCUCCAAUGGGCCCAGCAGAGGGAAGGGUUGCUACACCUGUGCUGCAAGACGCUGAGGAUUCCUGAGGUGCCCUUCCAGAGGGUCAGGAGGGUCCUGGAUGGGGUGCAGCUGGACUGCAUCCAGGAGGUGGAAAUGCUCAGACUGCGGCACCUUCGGGACCUCAACAUGGCUUCUCCCUCCUUCCUCAGAGGCCAUCUGGACCAGAUGCUCAGGUGCCUGCAGACCCCGUUGGACAAACUCUCCAUAAUAAAUUGCCAGCGGCUGACACAUUCGGACCUGACACACCUGUUCCAGGGCCCGAACCUCAGGCAGCUGAAGUCCCUGCAUCUGUUUGGCCUCAGGCUUGCGGAUUUCAGUCUUGAGCCCCUCUUAGCUCUGCUGGAGGCAGUGGUACCCACCCUCGAGGACCUGGGCCUGGAUCACUGUGGGAUGGUGGACUCCCACGUGGAGGCCAUCCUGCCUGUCCUGAGCCGCUGUCGCCAGCUCAGGGAAUUCACCAUGUCUGAGAACAACUUCUCCGUGGCCUCCGUGGAGAAGCUGCUGCGCCACACAGCCGGGCUGCGCAGUUUAGAGCGCGAGCUGUACCCCGUCCCCCUGGAGUGUUACAGGAUCCAAGGGACUGUCAACCAGCAGAGACUUGCCCUGAUCCAGGCUGAGCUGACAGGGACCCUGAGGGAGUUAGGACAGCCCAGGAGCAUCCUGCUUGCCACCAAGCACUGCAGUGAGUUUUAUGACGUGGCAUUUUCAUGA